AUGGCCUCCCAGCCGUCCUCAGAUAAGCCAGUCCAACAGGCACCUAGUGGCAAUAACAUCACAAAGCUGAAAGCGCUGCUCAAGUCAAAAGAUGACACGCAGCGCUUUGUCGGUCUGGCUCUACUUAAGUCACUUCUCGAUAAUACACCCGAGAUUCGAAACGAUGAGGCUGCCGUGCGCGACCUGUGGUCUCACAUCUCACCCAAAUUUCUAGAUCGUUUGUUACGCACCGGCGCCAACCCAGCCAACGCAAACGCCAAGGACAUGCUCGACAUUGGCGUCUCCAUACUCUACACGUUUUCUGUUCUACUUGCUGCGACGGACACGGCUGCGGAUGCCUUCACCGCGCGCAUACCGGGCCUGGUAGCGGCGGCGCUGUACAGCACCGGGGAUACGACGGGGCUGCUGCUCCAGCUCCUGUAUACGCUCGUCAACUCGAAAGAGGGGGCCGGCGCAUUCAUGCAAGUCGCCGAUACGACGCCUCUCACGGAAAUUGCGGCAAGCCAUGCCAUGGUGCUGGACGUCUUUGGUCGCGCGUGGCUACACCACAUGGCCGGCGGCGCAUCCGAUGCAGGUUUCUCAGAGAAAAUAGAUGCCGUCAUACAAGCGCUGGCCGCCCUUUUCAAAGGUACCGAUGCCGUCACAUAUUUGGCAUUUCUGGGUACCUUUCUAAGCCAUGCUAAACCAGAGGUUAUGCCCAAGAACCCAAAAUGGCUAUCUACAUCUGCUUCAUACAUUCAAUGUCUUGUAGCCAGCAGGCCAGCCGCCGAAGCCCGCGCCGCAUAUACCAGCGCAGCCGCCGGUCUUCUACAAGCUUAUCCCGAGCAUGCAUCCGAACUUCUCUUCAAAGAUCCCACCAACACGGAAACGCCGUUUGGAUACCUCUUCGUCAACCUCCUUCUCGUCGAUAUCCGCUCCUCAGUGCCCACCCUCCUCGCCGCCCUCAACUCCCCCGGGUACCAGCAGACCUCGAGGCGCCUGGCCUCAGCAUUUGACAUUGUCUGUCUCUUCAUCGGCUACCUCGUGCGGUCCCUCGAGGACGAGCGCCUCGAGACGCUCAUCAUGCCCCCCGACUUCCUGCUGCGCAUCCGCAAGGGCAUCUCCGAGACCAUCUCCGUAACGCUCGAGUACGUCCGCGACCGCUGGGACGCGGCGCGCUCCGGCGCCAUGGGCUUCGACCCGGGCGCGCGCGCCGGCAAGGCGGAGACGAGCACCGGGUCGCACCUCACCAUCGCUUGGGACGCGAUCGACGGCGCCGUCGCGGACGAGGACCAGCUCAUGCUGUCCGCGCUGCGCACGGCGACGCUCUGGCUGCGCGAGGACGAGAACGAGCAGCUGCGCAAGGAGGGCACCGGCAUCGUCGACGUCCUCGUGGAGCUCUUCGCCAACAGCCCCAUGGAGACGAUGGACUUUCGCCCGCCGGUGCUCGUCGGGCUGGAAGGCCUCGUGGCGAUCCGGCGCGGCCGCCACGCCUUCGUGGAGCAGGGCGGCUGGCAGAUUCUGACGGAGAUGCUGGUGCACAACAUCCAGCGGCACCGCGAGGUCGACGUCGAUGGGGAGGCGGGUAUAUGCGUGGAUAUCGUGCGCGUGCUGCUGGCCGUCGCCGAAGCCGGCGACGCGUCCAGGGUUGAGGCGUGGCUCGACCUCAUCACCGCCAUCGCGGCGUGGGACGUCCCGGACAGCGGCCGCGCCGACUCGCCAACGCCCGCGCAAGACGCGCACGUUGCCGUCCUGCAGCUCUGCUGCACGGUGCUCGCGCAGGCCAACCAGGGCAUGCGCAACCGCUACAAGCACUCCAUCGCCGCCAUCGCGGGCAUCGCGACGCAGCUUCGCGCCCAAGUUGGUCAUCUGAGCGAGUACGCCGAGCAGAUGGAGGAUGUCUGCGCGACGUUGGAUACAAUACGAUAG